GCCGCGGCCGCAGAGGGGCGCAGGCAGGCGGCUCUGGGGGAAGCGGGAGAGGCUGGGCGUGGCCGGUGGCCGGUGCUGCGGGACCCGCCGUAGACCUCCAGGUCACUGCAGACCAGGUGUCUGCUUGUCUGCCUGCGGCGCCAUGGGCAAUUGCCACACGGUGGGGCCCAACGAGGCACUGGUGGUCUCAGGGGGCUGUUGCGGUUCCGACUAUAAACAGUAUGUGUUUGGCGGCUGGGCCUGGGCCUGGUGGUGUAUCUCCGACACUCAGAGACUGUCUCUGGAGGUUAUGACCAUCCUGUGUCGCUGUGAGAAUAUUGAGACGUCGGAGGGGGUCCCGCUAUUCGUAACAGGGGUUGCACAGGUGAAGAUCAUGACCGAGAAGGAGCUCCUAGCUGUGGCCUGUGAACAGUUCCUGGGCAAGAAUGUGCAGGACAUUAAGAACGUUGUCUUACAGACCCUGGAAGGGCAUCUACGCUCCAUCCUUGGAACUCUGACUGUGGAACAGAUUUAUCAGGACCGAGACCAGUUUGCCAAGCUGGUACGGGAAGUGGCAGCUCCUGAUGUUGGCCGUAUGGGCAUCGAAAUCCUCAGCUUCACCAUCAAGGACGUUUAUGACAAAGUAGACUAUCUGAGCUCCCUGGGCAAGACACAGACGGCUGUGGUGCAGAGAGAUGCAGACAUUGGUGUGGCAGAGGCAGAACGGGACGCAGGCAUCCGGGAAGCUGAGUGCAAGAAGGAGAUGCUAGAUGUGAAGUUCAUGGCCGACACCAAGAUUGCUGACUCCAAGAGAGCCUUUGAGCUGCAAAAGUCAGCCUUCAGUGAAGAGGUGAACAUCAAGACAGCUGAGGCCCAGUUGGCCUAUGAGCUGCAAGGGGCCCGAGAGCAGCAGAAGAUCCGGCAGGAAGAGAUUGAGAUUGAGGUGGUUCAGCGCAAGAAGCAAAUCGCUGUGGAGACCCAGGAGAUCCUCCGCACUGACAAGGAGCUCAUCGCCACAGUGCGCCGCCCUGCAGAGGCAGAGGCCCAUCGCAUCCAGCAGAUUGCCGAGGGUGAAAAGGUGAAGCAAGUCCUGUUGGCACAAGCAGAAGCUGAGAAGAUUCGUAAAAUCGGAGAGGCAGAGGCAGCAGUCAUUGAGGCAAUGGGCAAGGCAGAGGCUGAGCGAAUGAAGCUCAAGGCUGAGGCCUACCAGAAGUAUGGGGAUGCAGCCAAGAUGGCCUUGGUGUUGGAGGCCCUGCCCCAGAUUGCUGCCAAAAUCUCCGCCCCCCUGGCCAAAGUUGAUGAGAUUGUAGUUCUUAGUGGGGACAACAGCAAGGUGACAUCAGAAGUGAACCGGCUGCUAGCAGAACUGCCUGCCUCUGUGCACGCCCUCACCGGUGUGGACCUAUCAAAGAUACCCCUGAUCAGGAAUGCCACCGGUGCACAGGUGUGAGGUCCUGCAGACUCGUGUCCUUCGGCAGCUGCCGGCCCCUGCAGCACCUGUUUCAACAUCACAGGGACAACGAGAACGUUACUGACUCUGGUGCCUUAUUUUGUAGGGACCAGAAGUGCGGCGUGUUCAGGCCAUCUCUGGCUAUCCUCCCUUUUCUCCUGUUAGCCUUUUCUUUCUCUUCUUCACGCCCUCACAUAACUGCCACAUUCAUCUAGUGUGUUUCUCUCCUGCCAUACGUGCCUCUUCCUCUGGCUGUUUCUCUCCUCCUUUCUUCCCCUCUCCACACACAUCAUACAGUUGAAGCUGAAGUUGAAGUUGUUUAUUGCAAUCACUGUCUGUCUGUGAGGAGUGGCCCACUGUUCCUCAGAAUCCUGGUGCCUUCAAGUUCUCCAUGUAUCUGUCUGUCUUCCCUUGUCCUGGCAGAGCCGAGCACGGGUACAAGGGUUCUGGGCAGGACACCCACUCGGCUCUCUCCUGGUCUGAACAUCUAGACAUCUAGCCCUAAACUCUGUUACAGGAAGAUCACGACCCACACACUCUUGCCUUUUGAGGCCUGAGUGGUCAUGGCCUUUUGGGCCUAGAGUAAUGCCCUUCACACAUACCCAGGCCCAGGCCUGCUGUUAUGCCUGCCCCUCUCCCCUGUACCCCAGAGGCACAAAGGCAAGGCCUCUCGUCUCUAGCAGCUUCCUCAGUUUACUACUGCCUUAGGAUGCCUCAGGGACAUCCCCUUCAUUGGCUUGUCCUUGAUUGGUGGGGUGGGUCUUAGUCUUUCUGGGGUCAAUAUCUAGCUCUGUUGGGGUCAGGAAAGGUUCUAGAUCUUCCUGCUAGUGGGCUGGAAGUUGUCCUGGGCAUGGGGUUCUCCCAGGGGGCAAGGCUGUGCCAACUAUAAGAGAACCAAGUGCUGCAGACUGGCCAGACCUCACUCUAUGCCGUUGUCUUCUUGGCCAGCAUGAUGGGGUUCUAGCCAUAGGAAGCAGCUAAAUCUUCUGUAUCUUUGCACUAUUGAUGGCAGAAGAGCCCAAGGCCCAAGUAUCUAGUAGGGGUGCAAGGGUGUCCCAUGGUCCCUGGCCCCACCCCUGGCCCUGCCCCAGCCUGGGUAGCUGUUCUGCAUGUGAAUGCUGCAUGUCUGGUCUGGGGUUUGGAUGUUGCACUGCCCCACUGCCUGUCCCCCUCUGGUAAAAAUAAAGAUCUCUUAUGCCCACA